ACUAGCCAUGCACUCAGGCUAUCCUAGACUAGUAUAGCAGGAAUGAUUGUCUAUUGAGAUUUGUGUUUUAUAGGAAGGUGCUUGACUUAGGGAAGUGAAAGGGCAAUAUUUAAACUGCUUUUAACAGCCCUUCCCUCUCCCCCACAAACCAGGGUGCUGAGGAUAAAGGGAAGCUAAUCUGUAGAAAAAGAAAGGUAACAAAUAUACUACUACUACUAAUAAUAAUAAUAAUAAUAAAAAGAGCUCUAUUCACCUAAAUCUGGUGGGCUGCAGGCUACUAUUCUCUCUUCAGAGAUAUUUUCUUGCUUAUAUUUAACAUUCUGUGUACCCUUUAGCAUAACUCUAAUGUGCCCUCUGUCCAAACAGAAAAGGAAUCAUGCUACAGCUUGGGUCCUGUGCCCUAGGGUUUGCCUUAACCAAGUCAGAAUCAUGUUGGCUCAGCUCUGUAACUACUCAUUGGGACAAAGAUUAGUAUCAUGCUCCAUCAUGCAAGCCCCAUACAUUGCAAGAGUGGCCUAUCUGGCAAUGUAGUUGAGAGAGAGAGCUCUGUAAUAGGCUUAACCCUGUUAGAAGCCACCUACCAGUUGAAGUUUCGUGAUGCAACUCUGGGAGCUCCGGUUGUAAGCUGCUUCUCUGGUGACCAACUUUGUUUGACAAACCACUCUCUGAUCCAUCUGAAAACUGAGCAUCUAUCUACUAUUUAGCUAUCAAUAACUAGAGUGGUGUCAAGAGUUAGCAGAGAUUUCCAGCUGACCAGCAGCAACCAUCAAGGCUUAUGGCAGAAUUUCAACACCUCUCACCAAUCUGCAAAUUCAGUAGAGUGACAACCAGUGCCAAGAAAAAAACCCCACAAGGGUUAAAAGAGGUCUACAGGAAGUCCAAGGAUGUUGACUGCACGCCUGGGAAGGCAUCAUUUAUUGUCCAUUUUAUAAGGAAAGGAACCAUAUUAUGAAAGACAUCCCCAAUGCAAGGUGGGGAAUACAGAAUGGAUAUGGCCUUGGCCUCUACUGUUGCUGUGUCCAGGGAGCUGACCUCUGAGAUCAGCAAGACCCAAGCCACUGCCUUGGACUAUAGAACUUCUUCCUCAGUCUCAGCAUCUGUUUGGAGACCUGCUGGCCUAUCCUCUUCAGAGACAGAGGUCAAUGAGGAUGUUGUGGAGGACAAGCCCCAUCCCAACCCGAGAAAGUCCGUGAUUGCAGUAAGUUCCGUAGCAGCAUUCCUCUUCGUCAUCAUUUUUCGCCUUACAAAUGAAGUAAACUUCCCUUUGAUUCUAAACUGCUUUGGACAAACUGAUAUGAAAUGGAUGCCGUUUUCCGACAAACAAAAGCAGCCUCUCAGAACUCACUAUGGAUAUAUAAAUGUAAAAACACAAGAGCCUCUCCAGCUAGACUGUGACGUCUGUGCCAUUGUUUCGAACUCAGGUCAGAUGGCUGGUCAGAAAGUGGGAAUUGAGAUUGACCAGUCUUCCUGCAUAUGGAGAAUGAACAAUGCUCCUACCAAGGGUUAUGAGGAGGAUGUUGGGAAGAAGACGACCAUACGAGUGGUCUCACACACCAGUGUUCCCCUAUUGCUCAAGAAUCCCGAGUACUUUUUCAAGGAAGCCAAUAGCACGGUCUAUGUCAUCUGGGGGCCUUUUCGAAACAUGAGGAAAGAUGGCAAUGGCAUUGUGUACAAUAUGCUGAAGAAAGCUGUUGACAGCUACCCAAAUGCCAAUAUCUAUGUGACAACAGAAAAACGCAUGAGUUACUGUGAUGGGGUAUUUAAGGAGGAGACCGGAAAAGAUCGAGUCCAGUCAGGUUCAUAUCUCAGCACUGGAUGGUUUACCUUAAUUCUGGCUAUGGACGCCUGCUAUGGAAUUCAUGUCUAUGGGAUGAUAAAUGACACCUACUGCAAGUCAGAAGCCUUUCGAAAGGUCUCUUACCAUUAUUAUGAGCCAGGAAGAGAUGAAUGUGAUGAGUACUUUCUGCAUGAAAAUGCUCCCUAUGGAGGUCAUAGGUUUAUCACAGAAAAGAAAGUAUUUGCUAAAUGGGCCAAGAAGCACACAAUAAUAUUUACACACCCCAACUGGACACUGUCUUGAUGUUGGUUCUUCUUUAGUAGCAUACUAUUACAAAAAUCUCUCAGUUUACAAUGAUCUUGCUUACAUCUGAUGGACGUUCUCAGACACUAGAUAAACUAAACUAAAACUUGAUGAUAGAGAAGUUGAUGGAUCAGCUGUUAAGCAAAACUUACCAAUUUGUGGAAGGCAGAUGAGUUGCUUAUUUUAUCACUAAGGGUUAUAUACCAAUAAUGCACUUUACAUUUUGACUGCAUUUUAAUUCAAGACAACAGUCGUUUCCAGAUAGUAGUGAUUUCAUGUUAUAUACAAGCAUGCCCACAGAGUGGUGGCCCUUAGAAACUUUCCAGUUGCCUUAGUUAAUUAAAAUGACUAUCUGCAGUUAGUUAACCUCAAGAUUUGCAGUACUAAAGGUAACUUCCUACAGGCAAAUACAAAGAUAGUAGAUUCUGAGGUAACUGUAUCUGUUUAUCUUACAUACAAUUGGAUAAAUGUUAAGGACCACCAAUGUGGCAGUAUGUAUAUACUUUCCCAUGCAUCCACACUGGGUGUGCUAAAAUUAGAGAUGGGGUAAAUAAUGAUUCCUGAACUGUAGGUAACUCCCCUGUGCAAAGAUAUUCAGAGCUCAAAGGCCCAUAGGUAACACAGAAGCUCUGGUUACCUACUUACUUCCAUAUUGGUUGGCCUCCAUCAUCUAGAAUGAUGUAAUUCCUCUGGACACUGUCUCAAAUUGCAGUAUUUUUGAAGGAUGACAUUCCAGCAUCCACCAACAUUAGUUCACUUUUUUAUGACAUCACCCUAAAUUGUACCUGCUUUUUGAAACAAUAGCUCUACAAAUGGUGUAAAAACAUGAUGGUGGGGGAGGCCUAGGGAUACAAGGACAGGACUUGGAGCACAAAAUUCCUGAGUUCUGAUCCCAGUUUUAACACCAAAUCCCUUGCAACCUUGGACAAUUUAUUUCACCUUUCCGCCUCAGUUUUUCCACGUUUAAAAAUGGGGAUAAUACUUAUCUACCUCACAAAGGUCUUGUGAGGAUUAAUUAAUGUCCAUAAAGUGUUUUCAAAGAGAAAAGGAGUAUGUGGCAUAAAGUGUUUUGAAGGUGAAAAAUGGUAUAUAAGCAUUUAUUAUUAUGGCAACACCUAUGGCACUUGGCAUACAUUCUUGUAUGUUGGCUGUUCGAGGAAAGUGGCAGCCAUGUCAGGGUCUGAUCCUGCAUGCUGCUGUGCCCCUCCUUUUAUACCAUGUGUUCUUCCUAAUGCUGAGUUUCCUCCACUUUCAGUUGGAGUUGAGGAUUCUCAGUGCCUCACAGGAUUAUCACAUCAAUGGGGCAGCUCUUGAGUUUAAUACUUGCCCAUCUCUAAUUCAAAUACACUCUUCAAAGUGAACCAUCAUUUAUUUCAACUGCAGCAGAACCAUUUUUAAUUUGAAAAUAAUUCAGCUAAACAUGUGACCUUUUUUACUGUAUUUAAAUUAAUGUUUAAGUCUCUUUCAGUUCAAAACAUUUCCUACGAACAUUUUAGCACCUGGAAUGUCAGCUUCAACACUGUAAAAGCCAAGUCUGUGAAACUUGAAAGAAGUGUGUGUGGAACGUUGCACACAGGUGCACUCACACUAUUAAACAGGAAACUUUGUAUGCUUUUGUAAAUCAUGAAAAGGGGAAAGGAAAAACCUAUUUUUACAUGUUUGCAGUGUUGUUAUAGCCAUGCUGAUCCCAGGAUUUGAGAGAGACAAUUACCUCACCUUUCUUGUCUCUCUAUUUUUACAUGUAAAUAUUUGUAUACUGACUGAAUUGCCUAAUGUAUAUUUGUAUAUGUAAAUCUAUAUUUGAUAUGUCCAGAGCAUAUAUAUUCUUUUUCAUCAUCAUUAAGUGCCACUCUUCUGUUAUGAAGAGGAAACACCAUUCCCCUUUGUUGUUGAGAGUGAUGUCUGUGUUUCUUCUCCAUUUCCCUUGGACUAUGCCACAGGCUUUUUCCAUUGAAGCAUCUUCCUGAUGGUUUUUAAAAUACAUGAGCUUUCUCCUCUUAUUACCUAUUGUGUGCCAUAGAUGUGCCUAGUUCGUAGUAGACACAACACCGAUGGGCUUGUGGUUAAGGCACUGGACUAAGCCUUGGGUGAUUUAGAUUCAAUGCCUGGUUCUGUCGCAGGUCACUUGAUCUCUCUCUGCCUUAGUUCCCCAUUUGCAGAAUGAGAAUUAUCACAUUUCCUUACCCCAUCCUCUGUCUUUUUCUUUGACUGCAAGCUUGUCAAGCCAGAUAUUGUCAUGCACAAUGUGUCUGUACAGCGCCUUGCACAAUGGGGCCCCAAUCUCAAUUCAGGCCUGUAGGCACUUACAUAAUAUACAAAUAAUAAAAAUAACUCUUAAAAUGCCUCCUCCCCCAAGAGUUUAAAAUCUAUAGACCAAUACAGCAAGGACUGAAAUAAAGCAAGGAAGGGGAAAGGGUAAUGGAAGGAUGAAGGUUGCAACUGUGAGCCCAUGAGCUAAUUUGCUAUGUGCAUACAUAUCUUGUCAAUUUGAAUGGAUACACAGAAAGUUAAUAAAAGGAGCUGCAAUGAGGGAUUUAAAGGAAGAGCAAAUGAUGUAGGGCACACUGCGCUAUAGGGGAUGUUCUCUGCAUACUGUGAAGGGCAACAUGGGGAAUUGUAUGAAGUCAUUGUGGGGAAAGGAACCCAAAGGGUGAACAUCAGGAGAGACAAGGUGGCAGAAUUAAAGGGGUUAAUGGGGAAGAAGGGGUGACUAGUGAUGAGAUAUGGGCAGAAAUUGUGUAUGCCGGUGAGAGGAACCUUCAUGUGAGAGAAAAUCUUGCAUGAUUCCUCAAAUCUAUAGCCUAUAAUUCUACAAUAUACACUUUGGCAAAAUGCUCUCCAUCCCCUCUCUCAAAUAUAUCAAUUUUUUUCCCACAAUAAGGACGGAAUAAAGACCUUGGAUGAUCCUUUAUCCACAUGUUGAAAGGACAGUAUUUCAAUAUCAUUCCAGCAUAAAGGCAAGAUAGUUUCAAGAUAAUUGGAACUUGUUCAGAUCAACAUAGAUCUGAUGUAAAGUGUGUGAAGCCUUAUUCUGAAAAAUAAACAGAGCCAAUGCAAAUAUUUAAUACAAUUAUACAACAUCCUCCAAGAGUAAUCAGGACAUCCCACUCACAAAUCCACAAAUGAUGUUUUACAUUAAUAUAAAAAACGGGAGACCUAACUGGUUUAAAAUUUGCAAUGUGUGUUUACAGAUAGUGGUUAAUACACAUUCUGCUAAAGAAGACCAAUCUUUUGUAUGUAUUCAGUUCUAACUUUGCAUUCUGUUCAGCAUUUAGAGUAUAUUAUAUGGGGGAAAAGUGCAGCAUGGAUUAGUGGAUAUGGCACUGGAUUGGGACACAGGAGAGGAGGGUCUAAUCACUGCAGUGCUAUUGGCUGGAUGUGUGACCUUAGGCUAGUCACCACUCUAUGCCUCAGUUUCCCCAUCUGGAAAAGAAGGAUCAAGAUACUGACCUUUAUAUAGCACUUUGAGAUCUACUGAUGACAAGUGCUAUGUAAGAACUGCGUGGAAUUAUUAUUUCUUUAAGGACUAUAGAGUUUCUACGUAAAUGUUCACUGAUAUUUCCCUAUCCCUGUACGAAUGGGAAUUAAGGCAAAGCAUUUCAGUGUGUUCUUGCUGAAUAGGGAUGGAGUUAAGGACAGGCUUAUGUCCCACUGAAGUCAUGCAUGUGCUUUGCUCAUUAGGAAUCAACUGCUGACUUGGGGCCUAAAUGUGGGAGUUUGGAGAGCCUAAGGCUACCAAUCAGUUUCUCCCUAAAAAUUAUUACUACUUUCUCUGCUAUCACUGGAAAAUACACCACAAAUAUUUUUAAUCUGUAUUUUUAAAAAAACUUUUCUAAAUAGGAAAUUAUUCUAAAGUUAAUGCAAUCUAUUGUAGCUCUUUAUGGAAUACUUACAUGCUGUAUGGAAUGGCUCAUCAGACUUUAUCAUGUGCAAUGGCCAGUUAGAUAAAUACAUCUCUAGCAGCAGCUAAAUGUGUAGCAGAAUUGCAAACCUCAUUUGACUGCAGUUGUCACAAAGCAAACUUGGAAGUGUUGCUACCUGCUUGUAGUAGGAUCCUUGAAUAUGCAGGUUGAGAAAAACCACAUUGAAACCACAUUAGAAACAUUGCAUCAAGCUUCAUGUACACCAGAGUAAAUGAACAUCACUUUCUUUAUUUAAAUUUGCCUGUCUUUAGCAUAAACUAAAUGCAAUUUUCCAUUAUUUUUAUUAUAUGGGUAAGGACCUGUGAUCACUGCAUUAAAGAUGACUGUGUUAGAAAUCAGCACUGCAGUAUGGAAGAAAGAAUUCUGUUGUGUGACUGUGUUAAGAGACCUUGAUCAGUUACCUUCUGAGAGCAGUUAGGACGGCAGUUCAGAAACAUUUAUUCUUUUAAAUAAGGGCUAUUACAAAUUACCUGACCUUAAUUAGAUGCUAUUUGCUUACUUUAUUUGAGGACCCCUAUUUUAAUCAACUGCUCGUGUGAGUAAAGAAAGCAAGGAGUUGACCUGUAGAUUUCAAAUAGUUCUCCUCGUUAUAUUUGGUAGACUGAUAUUCACAAAUAAAUUGACAAUGUUUUUGCCAUCUGUCAUAAAAUAAGUGAAACACAAAUAUUUGUAUCUUAAUUCAGUCAGCUCUUAGAUAGUUAAGUAUUUGUCAAAUGUAUUAUUUGUGAAUAUUUUAUAUUCGUGUCAAAUAGGUAAAUUUGCAUUCAUUGUCUGACCAGGUAUAGUCCUGACUUAGAUAAAAGGUUAAAAUAUAGGACACAUUUAUUUUGCAUACUUUGUAUGUGGCCUGUAGAGCUGGUUAACCGUUUUCAAAAAUGUUGACGUUGUCUUGGAAAGAAUUGGGGCAAAAAUUUUCACAAAAUGUUUUCCAUUUUGCAUGUUACAUAGCUACAGGUAUGUAACUUUGAUACAUUUAGAUGAUGUUGCAAUUGUAUGUGAAGUUGUAUGUCAAGCUGAAUUAUGUUUUCCAGUCAAUCUCUGGAAAUUGGCCCUGCCCUGCCCACUCCUCCCCUCCCACCUGCCAAGGCUCCAACUCCGCUGCUUUCAGAGGAGUGUGCAAGGUACAGAGGAGAGAGGAGAUGGUUCCGUAAAGGCAGCUGAGCCCCUCUCCCAUGCAGGAUGAGGAGAUAUGCACACAGAGGGCUCCAUAUGCAGACCGAUCCAAAGGGGGUAGUCCAGGUUCUCUGUCUUAGAUGCCUGGCUUGUGUGUCUUGUUCACAUGUUCGGGAUCUAACUGAUUUCCAGAUUUGGGGUUGGGAAGGAAUUUUCCCCAAGGUGGGAUGUAGAUCACCUGCUAGGAUUAUCUGAGCAUGUCUUACCUAAUGAGUUCACGGCCAUUGCAGGGGCCUUGGGCACUGGUGACACCUCAGUCUCUCGUUCUCUGUCUGAGACACAAAACAGUUUACUCUCCUGAGGACUAAAAUGCUUUAAUUUAACUGAAGCCAUUGGGCUCAGCAUAGGGUAUUUGCAUGAAAUGUAAUAGUCUGUGUUCUACAGGAGGUCAGACUAGAUGAUCUAAUAGUCCCUUCUGGCCUUCAACUCUUUGAAACUUAUGAAACUCUGAAAGGUCAUAACAGACUGAAGGAGUUUGAGCAGGAGCAGACUGUGUUCAGGAGAGGUCAAUCUAGCUAUCACUUCAAUAUGCAUAGAGUGUUCAUUGCUAUGGUAUACGCCCUGGGUAGUCACUGAGGGCCCAAUCCAAAGCCCAUUGAAGUCAGUGGAGGUAUCUCCAAUGACUUCAAUGGGCUUUGAAUCAGGCACAGAACACACAUCACUAUAAAAUCUUGGCAGUCAGAUUAACUGAGGUAAGCAGUCUUGUGUAGCAAGCACCAGGUGCACUAUAGCAUCGUAUAAAUAGUAAUAGUAAUGUCAAGGGAGAGCAAGUUGAGCACUGUUGGGGCUGUCCCAACCAAGGCUCUAUCACCAGAUGUACAAUGCUGGAACCCUUCUCAGGACAGCUGAGGUCAGAGCACAGAUGCUCACCCAGAAAACAUGUCAAUUAAAGCAAAGAACAUUGAUCCUUGAAUUAUAAAUGUUUAUUGCCCUGAGACAAUGAAAAAAUAGAGGCACUUUACACAUUCAUGUGUGUGUUUGGUUGCAAAUCAUCUCUGACUGUAUUUCAGAAAUAGCAUAUGCCUCUUGUGAUGCUGGAACUAGUCUAGUACUUAUUUUUGAUGAACCUUAGAGUAACCACAAGAGUAAAACUCCAUGUUAGUUUCCAAAGCAUCAACUUAGAGCUGUCCUUGGGCAAUGGUACAUAUCGAAUACAACAAAUAGUCAUGUUUUUUAUUGUUGUUGUUGUUUCCUGACCUGGCGUGGUUAGCUCUUUUGAGCAGAAAGUGUUUCAUUUUCAGCAGAUGUGUCUCUUUCUGUUCCUUUAUUCUCUGGAGAAUACAGAGAAAUGUGACUUAAACAUGCAGAGGUGAAGGAUGCCUUGGUGAAUAAAUAGCCAAAAUCCAAAUGUACCUUCUUGAGUACUGAUGUGUUUCUGUGCAAAGCUUCAGGAAACAACAUAUUGUUUGUUUAUUCCGUGUUACAUAACCCACAGAGUAGUCAUGUCCAUGGACUGGAUUGGUGCUCCCAUGGUGAAAUCUGCAAAAGGAGACUACUGGGGGAAGAAUGAAAUCCUCCUCUAUAAGAUCUGUCCAAAAUAGGGAUUCCCAGGAGGCCAGAGCCAUCUGUUUGGCAUCCCAGUGCUUCACUUCCAACUUUGGCCCCCAAACCUGCCCUAGUCCUACAGCUCCAUUAGAUUAUAUGCAUCUUCCACCCCACACAGGGCUGUUCAUGACCUGCUUGUAGCCUGCCCAAUUCUCUCCCAUUCCUCUCCCCCACACAACCUGUUCCCACAGAGCAUCAUUUGAGGAUUCUUGGGAAGAGGAAUCCUCAUCCCCUUUAGCACUUGGAGAUUUGGUGUCAUAAUCUAGCCCCAGAUAUGAGUGGUGUGAGUGUCCGGGUCUUGGAGAACCGGGCAGUUCAGCUGAAAUGCCAUUGAGUUAUGUUACUGUCAGUAUGUUUUAAGCUUAACUCACUUGCACAAGGCAAUGAGUUCAUGGGACCCUUCCAACAUUUGAUUUUGAAUGUAUCACUGGCUGCUAUUAUAAUAAGUCCUGUAGAAAUGAGGGUGUUAGUAUGUUAAUAUGGUCGAGUACCAUUCUGAUUUACUGGCCCUAAAAAAAUUGUAACUUGAACUAAUGCAUGUUCUUACCAUGUAGUAUGCAUGAUAGCAUGUUAUGUAUUAUUUUAUUCUCAUACUGUAAUAGAUAAUGGAAGUUAUGUGCAUAUUGUAAACAACAGUAGCUCUUUCUCUUUAAUUUUGUAUGACAUUGAGUUGCAGUGCUUUGCUUCAAAUCUAUAGCAAUGCCAUUAGCGGACUGUGGCAUAUAAACUAGUGAAGCCAGUCAGGAAAUGUUUACUAAACUUGACAUUUUUCACUUGAACAUCAGACAUAGUUAAACAUGUUUUUGUGAACCUACCCUAGGGCUCAGCUAUCAUUUCUGUGCCCUGCUAUAAGGAAAGCCCACAUUUGGGUAUAACCUCAGGAAUGACUUUCUUGACGCAGGUGGUGUCAAAUACAUUAUGUUGUUAGGGCAGCCUUUUACAAAUGUUUGACUCCUGUGCAAGUACCUUAUUUUUUGUAUGAUUUCUGUAUGUGUAUAUAAAUCUCUCCUCUGUUUUUUCCACCAAAUGCAUCCGAUGAAGUGAGCUGUAGCUCACGAAAGCUUAUGCUCUAAUAAAUUUGUUAGUCUCUAAGGUGCCACCGGUACUCCUUUUCUUUUAGGAUGAAUGUGGUAGCUGCACAGUUUGUUCAUGCUGAAAUUCCUGACACUAACAUUUCUGAGGCUGGGGGGAAAAUGUCCUAUGCCGACUGCUGUCAAGGCCUCCCAUCUCUCCCUUCCUCAGUACACUCACAUGCAGUUGAUAGCACAAGAAGCAUUUUUCCAGAUAUUACCAAAUAAGAAUGAGAAAAACCAAUAUUUCUGAUAGAGGGAACUAGUAAAUGCAGAACUAUUUGUUGCUUUAUGUUCACUAAAGUUCUGGUACAUUCUCAAAGUGACCUACUAGAAUGUUCUACAAUACCGGGAAGAGUAACUUCUAUUCACCCCAUUUAGCAACACAAUUUUUGGGCUAAACAGAAGCUCCUGUGUUGGGUCUUUCCUCCAUACUUCUUGGCCUCGGCUCAUUCCUUUCAUAGCUCUGACCUUUUCAGAUCUGAACCCUUUCAACUCAGAUAAUAUGGGUUGGGGAAGGGGUCUCAGCACCUAACAGGACCGUGCCCUAAAUUUGCUUCACAAGUCAGAAAUGUGAUACAGUAGAGUAUAAUCCAACAUGUGCACAAUAUGGAAAGUGUCUCUUUUGUUCAGAUUAAUUUUCAUUCCAUUUACUCAAAAUAGGCAUUUUUAUUCUGUACAUACUUGUUACUAAUAUUGCUCUGCUAAUGCGACCAUUGUUUUUAUAUAGUAUAUAAUGCACAUCUUCCCAUUCAUCUUUUUACAGGGACAAUUUUUGUUCUUCUCCUUGCAUACCAGUAGGUUCUUAGAUAGAUAGAUAGAUAUGUAUGUGUGUGUGUGUGUGUGUGUGUGUGUAUACAUGAUAUACAAGCGUCCUCCUGUUUUUAUGAAGUUGCUAUUACAUAUUACUAAAAUGAAUUUAAUUAGAAGUUUCAAAUAUUAUUACAUUUCUUCAUUUGCUUUUUUUAGUGCUAGAUUUUAAGAGUCUUUUGUACUGUUAAAAUGUAUUUGAGAUAUUUUGCGUUUUGUCAGUUUUCCUACUGUGUGCCGCUUACUUUUCACUCCCAUUUGGAUUAUUUUUACGUGCUUUCUCUGUAUUUGCAAAAUUGUGCCUGGGCUAUUUUAAAGUCUGAACAAUAAAUGUGUACA